UCAAACAUCUUUUAGUUCAACCUUCUUUUAUGCUGCUUUGCUCUUCACUCAGCGGCCGUUCUUCGCAAUCGGGCAUUUUCCGAGAUAAAACUUUUAGUUCUUUUUCCCGUUCUCGAAGUUUGAGGAACUCGGAAAUGGCGUCACCUCCGAUCUUAUCCUUGGCUCUUCCUUCGGAUACCGGUCGAGUUCUCAGCAUUCAGUCUCACACAGUUCAGGGAUACGUUGGUAAUAAGUCAGCAGUCUUUCCUCUCCAACUACUUGGCUAUGAUGUGGACCCAAUCAAUUCAGUGCAGUUUUCAAAUCACACAGGAUACCCAACAUUUAAGGGUCACGUUUUGAAUGGACAACAAUUGUGGGAUUUAAUAGGAGGCCUUGAAGCGAAUGAUUUAUUAUACUAUACUCAUUUAUUAACAGGUUAUAUUGGUUCUGUUUCUUUUUUGAACAAAGUAUUGGAGGUUGUACAUAAGCUUCGCUCUGUAAAUCCAAAUCUUACUUAUGUUUGUGAUCCAGUGAUGGGUGAUGAAGGAAAACUCUAUGUCCCUGAAGAUCUGGUAUCAGUAUAUCGUGAAAAGGUUGUCCCAGUGGCUUCCAUGUUGACUCCUAACCAGUUUGAAGCAGAGUUGUUGACUAAAUUAAGUUACUGCAGGAUUAGUUCAGAAACAGAUGGUCGGGAAGCUUGUAACAUUCUUCAUGCUGCUGGGCCUUCAAAGGUUGUGAUUACUAGCAUCAAUAUAGAUGGCAAUCUUCUUCUCAUUGGUAGUCAUCAGAAAGAUAAGGAACACCCUCCAGAGCAAUUCAAGAUUGUGAUACCCAAAAUUCCUGCAUAUUUUACGGGAACAGGAGAUCUAAUGACUGCACUUCUACUUGGGUGGAGUAAUAAAUAUCCCGACAACCUUGACAAGGCAGCAGAGCUAGCAGUAUCAAGUUUGCAGGCACUUUUGCAGAGGACGUUAAGUGACUAUAGGAGAGCUGGAUUUGAUUCUCAAUCAAGCAGUUUAGAGAUCCGGCUGAUUCAGAGCCAGGAUGACAUCCGCAACCCGAAAUUGACGUUCAAAGCUGACAAAUACACCUGAAUGCCAAUGCCUGAUAUCUAUUAAAUUAGAACAAUUCUCCUGUUCUGCCAUAAAGGUCUAUUGCUAUACAAAAUGUACAGCAUUGUGCCAGAACAAAUAAAGAGAAAUGUCAAAAAGAAAAUAGAUGAAGACUCUUGGAACUCCUCAAGUUCAUUAGAUUGUAUUUCUUUCAAUGGCUAUAGAUACAGAUGCUCGAAGAAGCUGAACUCAUGAAUCUUCAUGCGUCAGCUUAAAGAAAAAUUUUGGGGACAUCCUUUGGAUGUGAUAGUCAUUUUGUUUUUAAAUGUCAGAAAACUUGUUCC